AUGGCUUGUUUAGACAACGAAGGUUUGCUCCUAACCCUUCAGACGCACAUUAAAAACAAGUUUGAUGCCUUAAAUGGAACAUCCUUAUCUGGAUACUGGGAUGCUAAAGGCCAAUCUCCAAAGUCUGGGACCACGUUCCCCUUGAAGGAUAUCAAAAUGUCAGAUGAACUGGUGCAUAAACUGGGACCGAAUUCUACCGGAGCAACCGACGAAGCCCCAUUGGGUGUUGUUCGAUUUCACCCAUGCCCAUCGCGUCGGAAAGAUCAUCUGGUCGGAUCAAAUUCAGGUCAUAGUUCAUAA